GCCGAGCCCGCAGCUGGCCGCCUCUGGCUGCCCCGCCGGGCCGCCGGACCCCAGACGCGGGAGGAUGGCGCUGAAGCGGAUCCAGAAGGAACUGACUGACCUGCAGAGGGAUCCUCCGGCCCAGUGCUCCGCGGGACCCGUGGGGGACGACCUGUUCCACUGGCAGGCCACCAUCCUGGGCCCGACCGACAGUCCCUACCAAGGUGGGCUUUUCUUCCUGACCAUCCACUUUCCUACGGACUACCCUUUCAAGCCCCCGAAGGUUGCUUUCACAACCAAAAUCUAUCACCCCAAUAUCAACAGCAACGGCAGCAUCUGCCUGGACGUCCUGCGGUCACAGUGGUCCCCGGCGCUGACCGUGUCCAAAGUUCUCCUGUCCAUCUGCUCCUUGCUCUGCGACCCCAAUCCCGAUGACCCACUGGUGCCGGAGAUAGCCCACACCUACAAGGCUGACAGAGAGAAGUACAACAGACUGGCGAGAGAGUGGACACAGAAGUACGCUCUGUAAGUGUCUUGGACGAGGUCUUGUGGGAGACGUCGCCCAGAAGCUGGCCAGAGGGGUCUCUUGUGAGACUGCACUGUGGGCUGGGCCACAGAGCACAUCACGUGUUCUUCAGACAAACGCUGGUCACCCGCUGGGUCCUGCUGCAGUGUCGGGGCCGUGGUCAGCCACUGUGAUGGUUUUGACAGUGCCAAGUGUUUUGGUGCCAGAUCAGCAGGCUCCCUGGGUACACUGGAAUCCGUCCAGCUACCCGCGUCUCUGCUUGUCUCUGGGGCUGGGCCCUGCACGUCUCCCUCACCCGGCCUCAGAAGAAGUUGCUGCUCACUGUGGCACCACAUGGGGCCCAGCCUGACCCCUCACCACACACCCUCUGCCUGUACAGCUCAGUGCCAGACUGGGUGCCCAGGCAGAGCAGGCUCCUCACCCUGUCUGCACAGAGCCACAGCCUGAGGAGUCUGCUCUCAUUCCGGAGGC